AUGAGUACCCCCAGUCUUGGUGCUGACGCAUUGGUUGAUCAAGCUGAAUGCUUCAAGACAUUUCUUGGUCUUAACCAGCCGGAGCUAGGAGACAAGUUCUUGUUUGUUAUGGGCCUGACAGGAGCUGGCAAGAAGAAUCAUUCGCCGCGUGUAAUUCAAUUACAACGCGAGGUCGUUGAUGAGAAGAAGAACUUAGGGGAAACAGCCGCAGGAAUAGCAGCCGCUGAGUACCUAUACAAAGCUCGCUUGGAACAUAACAAUCAGCUCAAACGACUCAAUACCGAGCUAGAAAGAACAUCGUUAGGCUCGGAUAAGGAGUAUUCUCUUCAACAACAGGAGCUGAAGGCUGAAGUGGAUAAAGAAAUCCAACAGACUGAGCAGGGUCGCCGAGCCAUGGUCAAGACAAUGGUAGAUCUACAUCAAACCGAGACAAGAGCGCUGAAGCAGCGAAUUCUUAACCUUCGAAGCCAAUUCGAAGCUGAAGUUCAAAACAAGGAGAUGAUGUUGCAAGACGUGCAAGAGUCCUGUGAUGCGCUUCAAAAGGAGGUAGCUCGCCUCACAAAUCACCCGCAGCAACAACAACUUGUCGCACGUCGUACCAAAACCGAUUAA